AUGUCCACUGUACACGAAUCCGGUAUCCUACUGGUUCUCUCCCGAAUCAAAGACACGGCUCCUCUCUCUUCCGAUAUAUACAAUGACUGGUAUAAUCUCAUUCACAUCCCAGAGAUUCUCAACACUGGCGGCAUCUCUGAUGCUGCAAGGUAUUGGGCAGAUGGGGACAAGCACGAAGAGUAUCCAUACUUGGCAUUAUACCAGGUGCCGAGUAUGAGUUUUCUCGACAGCAAAGAUUUCGAAUCAAUUACCGUCCAUCACGAGAUGCUUCCCGGCCCGACCAAUAGCAUUCUCGAUGUGGCCAGUUUCGACUUUCGGCGAUACAUACGUGUACAUAAAUUUGCCAAUGGCAAUCACCUGCGCCAAGCUACUGGUCUAGACAUUUGUUUAAUGUCCCUCACGUUCGACUUGCCGCAAGAGCAAGACGAUGCACAGGCUUGGCUGCCUAAAAAUAUCGUGGACCCAGUGGCCGCUUCCACUGACCAGCUGAACGCACAAGUGUAUGUGCGGUGGCGCUCGAUCUCCGGCAGAUACAACUUGUCAUCGAGUACAGAGCACGAAAUAGCAGAGUACCUAGUCUUGUAUUGGGGCCCUAGGAAACUGGCAAACGCUAUCCGCCGCCAUGCGCCCGCUGAUGCGGUCAUGUCCAUCUACAUAAAGCUAUAA